AUGCUAUCAGAACUUGACGACUUCACCGGGUUCGAGGGUGGUGCUUCCACCGCCUAUUCGUCCCCGGGUGCUCCCGCGGUGUUCGACGUACCCGGCGGCUCGAACAACAUUGGCACCAUCUCCCCUCAAGACCUGCUCAUCCAGGAUCCUUACAUGUCAGCUCCGAACUCUACGGCGUUGACAGCCCUUACCUCCCCGUCUCUCUACGAGUCGCCUGACUUCGGCUAUGACGUCUCGCCUGGCUUUGGCUCUACUGAUUUCGAUAACGGCUCCAACCAGUGGUUUUCUCUUUUCCCUGAUCAGAGUACCGCUCCCGACGCACCCGCUCCUAAGCCCUCACCGGCCCAGGAGUCUGUCGAGAUUGAGGCCGUGGUGGCGACUAACUCGUCCAGUCGUCGCAAGUCGGCCGGUUCUCCUCCGUCUGGCCGACACUCGUCUGUCGCUGGCGUCAGCUCUCGCAAGCGUGACAAGCCUCUGCCUCCUAUUGUCGUUGAGGACCCCAGCGACACGGUGGCUAUGAAGCGUGCGCGCAAUACGCUGGCUGCCCGCAAGUCACGAGAGCGCAAGGCGCAACGGUUUGAAGAGCUCGAGGAGCGGAUAAGGAAGCUUGAGGCCGAGCGCGAUCAUUGGAAGAACUUGGCAUUGAGUAAUUCCUCGGGUUGA